AUGCCUUGUGCAGGUUGCUGGACUCAAUGGUUUGAUCGAGACAACCCCUCUGGUAGAGGAGACUAUGAGACUCUUGGUCACCUACGCAGAGAAUAUCCAGAAAGAAUCUGCCCAAAACCAUUCGACAUUGAAGUCCAAACUACAUCUGGGAUGAGCAUGGCGUCAACAGGCGAUGUGAUUGUCAUAGCUGACACGAGUAGAGGAUUCAUUUGUCAAAACUCUGACCAGAAGCGUGGCCGCUGCUCGGAUUAUCGCGUUCGUUUCAGGUGUCCCAUCGAUUUCUGCUCCCCACCAGGUUGCUGGACUCAAUGGUUUGAUCGAGACAACCCCUCUGGUAGUGGAGACUAUGAGACUCUUGGUAGCUUGCGCAGAGAAUAUCCAGAUGCAAUCUGCCCAAAACCAUAUGAAAUUGAAGUCCAAACUACAUCUGGGAUGAGCAUGGCGUCAACAGGCGAUGUGAUUACUGUAGCUGACACAACUAGAGGAUUCAUCUGUCGAAAUUCUGCCCAGAGGCAUGGCCGGUGCUCAGAUUAUCGUGUUCGUUUCAGGUGUCCCCUCGAUUUCUGCAACCCACCAGCUUGCUGGACUCCAUGGUUUGAUCGUGACAACCCCUCUGGUCAUGGAGACUAUGAGACUCUUUGUCACCUGCGCAGAGAAUAUCCAGGUCAAAUCUGCCCGAACCCAUUUGAUAUUGAAGUCCAAACUACAUCUGGGAUGAGCAUGACGUCCACAGGCAACAUUAUUACUUUAGCUGACACGAUUACAGGAUUCAUCUGUAAAAACUCAGUCCAGCGUUAUGGCUCGUGUGAGGAUUAUCGUGUCCGUUUCCAGUGUCCCCUCGAGUUCUGCUCCCCAAUGGAUUGCUGGACUCCGUGGUUUGAUCGAGACAACCCAUCUGGUACUGGAGACUUUGAGAUUCUUAGUCGCCUGCGCAAAGAAAAUCCAAAUAAAAUCUGCCAAACACCAUCUGAUAUUGAAGUCCAAACUACAUCUGGGAUGAGCAUGGCUUCCACAGGCGAUGUGAUUGAAGUAGCUGACCCGAUUACAGGAUUCAUCUGUAGAAAUUCUUCCCAGAAGAAGCGUGUCUCGUGCUCGGAUUAUCGUGUCCGUUUUAAGUGUCCUUUCGAAUUCUGCUACCCACGAGAUAUGGCCCCUCCAACGCCUUUUCCUAUCACAAGGAUCCCCAUCGAGAUGAAGAACAUCACUGAACAGUACGCUCCUGAUACAAGUGAAACAACACCAAGUAACUGACUUCCCCAAAAGCCUGACAAAGAAAUGAAUGCUAAAAUACUAAAAAUGUAAAUCAGCUAAGGUGUAUGGGUAAACUGAACUAAAUGAAAAAUGGUUAAAACUCAAAUGUACCUCCCUCUUUGCUCUGUAAAACUUUCAUCUUUUUAAUUGAACAUGAUCUUUGUCAAUGUUGAUUUCUGAAUCAA